AUGGAGCAGAACAGGGCGGGGAGGUCAAGGUUUGUGAGGGUGUGCGUGUUCUGCGGGAGCAGCGCCGGGAAGAGGGACUGCUACCAGGAUGCUGCUGUGGCGCUGGGGAGGGAGCUGGUGGCCAGGAACGUUGACCUCGUGUAUGGAGGUGGGAGUGUGGGUCUCAUGGGAUUGGUUUCUGAAGCUGUUCAUCGAGGUGGAGGCCAUGUCAUUGGGAUAAUUCCGAGGACCCUGAUGUGCAAAGAGAUCACUGGAGAGACGAUCGGAGAAAUCAGACCUGUGGGCAGCAUGCACCAGCGCAAGGCCGAAAUGGCUCGUUACUCCGACGCCUUCAUCGCUCUCCCUGGUGGGUAUGGAACACUGGAGGAGCUACUGGAGGUCAUCACUUGGGCGCAACUCGGCAUCCACAAAAAACCCGUGGGAUUGCUCAACGUCGAUGGCUACUACGACUUCCUGUUGGCCUUCAUAGACAAAGCCGUGAACGACGGCUUCAUCCAGCCAUUACAGCGACACCUCGUCGUCUCGGCAUCCAACGCCAGAGAUCUCGUCCAAAAACUCGAAGAAUACGUACCGGUGCAGGACGAAGUAGUCGCACGGCUUCGUUGGUAAAUGGAGCAAGUCGCUGCCCCAGCAGUGACACGAACUGUGUCCAGUAGCCUUGUCUGUGGUUGGGGAUAUCAUGGCAUGUGUUUGUGCGUUAACCGUGAAGUGUUUGGCUGUGGCCUUUCACUGGACUUGCUCGUCCGCAGUCCUUUUUGUGUUG